AUGAUCCGCCUCGGGGCUCCCCGAUCGCUGGUGCUGCUGACGCUGCUGGUCGCCGCUGUCCUUCGGUGUCAGGGCCAGGAUAUCCAGGAGGCUGGCAGCUGUUUGCAGGGCAGGCAGAGGUAUAAUGAUAAAGAUGUAUGGAAGCCUGAGACCUGCCGGAUCUGUGUCUGUGACAAUGGGACUGUCCUCUGCGACGACAUAAUCUGUGAAGACGCGAAAGACUGCCUCCACCCUGAAAUCCCCUUCGGAGAGUGCUGCCCCAUCUGCCCAGCUGACCUCGCCACUGCCAGUGGGCAACCAGGACCAAAGGGACAGAAAGGAGAACCUGGAGACAUCAAGGAUAUCAUAGGACCUAAAGGACCUCCCGGACCUCAGGGACCUGUAGGUGAACAAGGACCCAGAGGUGAUCGUGGUGACAAAGGAGAAAAAGGUCCACCUGGACCUCGUGGCAGAGAUGGAGAGCCUGGAACCCCUGGAAAUCCUGGUCCCCCUGGCCCUCCAGGCCCUCCUGGUCCCCAUGGCCUUGGUGGGAACUUUGCUGCCCAGAUGGCUGGAGCAUUUGAUGAGAAGGCUGGUGGCGCCCAGAUGGGAGUAAUGCAAGGUCCAAUGGGCCCUAUGGGACCUCGCGGACCCCCAGGUCCUGCUGGUGCUCCUGGCCCUCAAGGAUUUCAAGGGAAUCCCGGUGAACCUGGCGAACCUGGUGUCUCUGGUCCUAUGGGUCCCCGUGGUCCUCCUGGCCCCCCUGGAAAACCUGGUGACGACGGUGAAGCUGGAAAACCUGGAAAAUCUGGUGAAAGAGGCCUUCCUGGCCCUCAGGGUGCUCGAGGCUUCCCAGGAACCCCAGGUCUUCCUGGUGUCAAAGGUCACAGAGGCUACCCAGGCCUAGAUGGAGCUAAGGGAGAAGCUGGUGCUCCAGGUGUGAAGGGUGAAAGUGGCUCUCCUGGCGAGAAUGGUUCUCCAGGCCCAAUGGGUCCCCGAGGCUUGCCUGGUGAGAGAGGACGGACUGGCCCUGCUGGUGCUGCGGGUGCCCGGGGCAAUGAUGGCCAGCCAGGCCCUGCUGGGCCUCCAGGUCCUGUCGGUCCUGCUGGUGGUCCUGGCUUUCCUGGCGCUCCUGGUGCUAAGGGUGAAGCUGGCCCCACAGGUGCCCGGGGUCCUGAAGGUGCUCAAGGUCCUCGAGGUGAACCUGGCAACCCUGGGUCCCCUGGGCCUGCUGGUGCUUCUGGUAACCCUGGAACAGAUGGUAUUCCUGGAGCCAAAGGAUCUGCUGGUGCUCCUGGGAUUGCUGGUGCUCCUGGCUUCCCUGGACCUCGUGGUCCUCCUGGCCCUCAAGGUGCAACUGGUCCUCUGGGCCCCAAAGGUCAGACGGGUGAACCUGGUAUUGCUGGCUUCAAGGGUGAACAAGGCCCCAAAGGAGAACCUGGUCCUGCUGGCCCCCAAGGAGCCCCAGGUCCUGCUGGUGAAGAAGGCAAACGAGGUGCCCGUGGAGAGCCUGGUGGUGCUGGGCCCAUUGGUCCCCCUGGAGAAAGAGGUGCUCCUGGCAACCGAGGUUUCCCAGGUCAGGAUGGUCUGGCUGGUCCCAAGGGAGCCCCUGGAGAGCGAGGUCCCAGUGGUCUUGCUGGCCCCAAAGGAGCCAAUGGUGACCCUGGCCGUCCUGGAGAACCUGGCCUUCCUGGGGCCCGGGGUCUCACUGGCCGCCCUGGUGAUGCUGGUCCUCAAGGCAAAAUUGGUCCUUCUGGAACUCCUGGUGAAGAUGGUCGCCCUGGACCCCCGGGUCCUCAGGGAGCUCGUGGGCAGCCAGGUGUCAUGGGUUUCCCUGGCCCCAAAGGUGCCAAUGGUGAGGCUGGUAAAGCUGGUGAGAAGGGACUGCCUGGUGCUCCUGGUCUUAGAGGUCUUCCUGGUAAAGAUGGCGAGACAGGUGCUGCAGGACCUCCUGGCCCCGCUGGACCUGCUGGUGAACGAGGCGAACAGGGUGCUCCUGGGCCAUCUGGGUUCCAGGGACUUCCAGGCCCUCCUGGUCCCCCAGGUGAAGGUGGCAAACCAGGUGACCAGGGUAUUCCUGGUGAAGCUGGAGCCCCAGGCCUUGUGGGUCCCAGGGGUGAGCGAGGUUUCCCAGGUGAACGCGGCUCUCCCGGUGCCCAGGGCCUUCAAGGUUCCCGUGGUCUCCCUGGCACUCCUGGCACUGAUGGUCCCAAAGGUGCAUCUGGCCCAGCUGGUCCCCCUGGGGCUCAGGGCCCUCCAGGUCUUCAAGGAAUGCCGGGGGAGAGAGGAGCAGCUGGUAUCGCUGGACCCAAAGGAGACAGGGGUGAUGUUGGUGAGAAAGGCCCCGAGGGAGCCCCUGGAAAGGACGGUGCACGAGGUUUAACUGGUCCCAUCGGUCCCCCUGGCCCAGCAGGCGCCAAUGGCGAGAAGGGCGAAGCUGGACUUCCUGGGCCCACUGGAAGUGCUGGUGCUCGUGGUGCCCCGGGUGAACGUGGGGAGACUGGUCCCCCAGGACCUGCUGGAUUUGCUGGACCUCCUGGUGCUGAUGGCCAACCUGGUGCCAAGGGUGAGCAGGGAGAGGCUGGACAGAAAGGUGAUGCUGGUGCCCCUGGCCCUCAGGGUCCUUCUGGAGCUCCUGGACCACAGGGUCCUACUGGAGUGACUGGUCCUAAAGGAGCACGAGGUGCCCAAGGCCCUCCGGGAGCCACUGGAUUCCCUGGAGCUGCUGGCCGGGUCGGACCCCCAGGUUCUAAUGGCAAUCCUGGACCCCCUGGUCCUCCUGGUCCUUCUGGAAAAGAUGGCCCCAAAGGUGCACGAGGAGACAGCGGCCCCCCUGGCAGAGCUGGUGACCCUGGCCUCCAAGGUCCUGCAGGACCCCCUGGAGAGAAGGGAGAGGCUGGAGAUGAUGGUCCUUCUGGUGCUGAUGGUCCUCCAGGUCCCCAGGGUCUGGCUGGUCAGAGGGGCAUUGUUGGUCUGCCUGGGCAGCGUGGUGAGAGAGGAUUCCCUGGCCUACCCGGUCCAUCGGGUGAACCUGGCAAGCAGGGUGCCCCUGGUGCAUCUGGAGACCGAGGCCCCCCUGGUCCCGUGGGGCCUCCUGGCCUGACAGGUCCUGCAGGUGAACCUGGACGAGAGGGCAGUCCUGGUGCUGAUGGCCCCCCUGGUAGAGAUGGCGCAGCUGGAGUCAAGGGUGAUCGUGGUGAGACUGGUGCCCUGGGAGCUCCUGGAGCCCCUGGCCCCCCUGGUUCUCCUGGCCCUGCUGGCCCAACUGGAAAGCAGGGAGACAGAGGAGAGGCUGGUGCACAAGGCCCCAUGGGACCCUCAGGACCAGCUGGAGCCCGUGGAAUCCCAGGCCCUCAAGGCCCCCGAGGUGACAAAGGAGACUCUGGAGAGCCUGGUGAAAGGGGAGUGAAGGGACAUCGUGGCUUCACUGGCCUUCAGGGUCUUCCGGGCCCUCCCGGUCCUUCUGGAGACCAAGGUGCUUCUGGUCCUGCUGGUCCUUCUGGCCCUCGGGGUCCACCUGGUCCUGUGGGUCCCUCUGGCAAAGAUGGCGCUAAUGGAAUCCCUGGUCCCAUUGGGCCUCCUGGUCCUCGUGGACGUUCAGGCGAAACUGGCCCUGCUGGUCCUCCUGGAAAUCCUGGACCCCCUGGUCCUCCAGGUCCCCCUGGCCCUGGUAUCGACAUGUCCGCCUUUGCCGGCCUAGGCCAGAGAGAGAAGGGUCCUGACCCCCUGCAGUACAUGCGAGCUGACCAGGCAGCUGGUAAUCUGAGACAACAUGAUGUUGAGGUAGAUGCCACACUCAAGUCACUCAACAACCAGAUCGAGAGCAUUCGCAGUCCUGAGGGUUCCCGCAAGAAUCCUGCCCGCACCUGCCGUGACCUGAAACUCUGCCAUCCAGAGUGGAAGAGCGGAGACUACUGGAUUGACCCCAACCAGGGCUGUACCUUGGAUGCCAUGAAGGUUUUCUGCAACAUGGAGACAGGCGAGACCUGCGUCUACCCCAACCCAGCAAGUGUGCCCAAGAAGAACUGGUGGAGCAGCAAGAGCAAGGAGAAGAAACACAUCUGGUUUGGAGAAACCAUCAAUGGUGGCUUCCAUUUCAGCUAUGGAGAUGACAACCUGGCUCCCAACACCGCCAAUGUCCAGAUGACCUUCCUGCGCCUGCUGUCCACCGAGGGUUCCCAGAACAUCACCUACCACUGCAAGAACAGCAUUGCCUACCUGGAUGAAGUAGCUGGCAACCUCAAGAAGGCCUUGCUCAUCCAGGGCUCCAAUGAUGUAGAGAUGAGGGCUGAAGGCAACAGCAGGUUCACCUACACCGCCCUGAAGGAUGGCUGCACGAAACACACUGGUAAGUGGGGCAAGACUGUCAUCGAGUACCGGUCACAGAAGACCUCACGCCUCCCCAUCAUUGACAUUGCACCCAUGGACAUCGGAGGGCCUGAGCAGGAAUUUGGUGUGGACAUAGGACCUGUCUGCUUCUUGUAAAACCCGAAUCAAGGAAAAACAAAAAAAAAAAAAACAAAAAAACAAUCCAUUGCAAACCAAAAGGACCUAAGUACUUUCCAAUCUCAGUCACCCUAGGAUUCUGCACUGAAUGGCUGACCUGACCGAUGUCCAUUCAACCCAACUUCACAGUUUCAACUAUUCUCCCCCUCUUUCUAAGAGAACUGAACUGGGCAGACUGCAAAAUAAAAAUCUCGGUGUUCUAUUUAUUUAUUGUCUUCCUGUACGACCUUUGGGUCGAAGCAGAGGCAGGAAAUUAACUGAUGUGAGUCAAACACCCCCCUGAGUGACUGCCCACAGCCCAGGCCAGAAGACCCCGCCCCCCUCCAACAGGUGCUGGGCACAGGAACUAUGUGUCCUAUACAAUGGUGCUAUUCUGUGUCAAACACCUCUGUAUUUUUUAAAACAUCAAUUGAUAUGAAAAAAUUAAAAAAAUUAUUGGAAAGUA